GUAUAUAUAUGGACCUACAACUCUGAAAUUUUAUUCACUUCUCUCAAGCUACUCCCCUCAGUCAACCAGUGUGUGUUUCAGGUUUAUCUGCAUCAACAAACGAUGACUUUCUACAGGGACCUCUAUGAUGAUGGAUGCUAUUCACCAUUUGGCUAUGAAGACCUCUGUGGUUUUGGGGGCCUGAAUGGCUACCAAUUUGGGAGCCCAUAUGGCUACUACCGGGACCAGUACCGAUAUGGCAGCCCAUACAGCUUCAGAAGCUUUGGGAACCUGUAUGGGAACAGAGGCUUGAUUGGUUUUGGGGGCUAUUAUGGGUAUGGGGACUUGUACAGAUUUGGGUAUGGCUACCCCUUCUCUUCUCAUUUUGGAAACAGAUACAGCUAUUGAAACUGCUAUCCAUGCUGAACCAGCAGAAAUAGCAACUAAGAAAUGAAAUGCAGGACAUGGAUUCACAGCUAAGGUUAUGGUGCUGAGAAAAGCGGAGAACCUGUGCCUCUGGCUGAGUUCAGUAGGACAUGUGGGUGCCAGGCUGCGUAAGACUAUCCUAUACGCAACCUUCUCUAAUAUCUCCUGUUUCUUCAACUAUUGCUCUAAAGGGCAACUUGAAUUACAGCAAAUACUGAGGCAUCUUUACAGCAUGUUGAGGGAGUAAAGCAAGACUUUGAGGUGUGAGUAAAGUGCCUUUUAAGUUAAUUCACAGUCACUUUGUAUUGCCGUAGUAAUAGGAGUUUCUGCAACUACCAUGAACAGGUCCACUUUGCUCAGCUAUAAACUUCACCAAAGAUGACAUCUAGUAGAGAAGCUCCUGUUAUAUAUCAAUGUUGUGCCUCAUCUGGCAAUGAACAUGAUUUACAAGCAACUCUGUGAGCGAGAAACAUGUCUGGACUGUAAAACUCCACCAUUUCCACAAGGAGAAAGCAUCACCUGGCAUCAGACGCACUCUACUUGCUGAAGACCCUUUUGUAAAACUGCAAACUUAUCCUUCCUGUUACUUACUGUUUCUCAUUUUCAUUAAAAUUACUCUGCUUAAUAGUA